AUGACGCGAGUCGGAAAGGAAAGGAUAAGGGUAGGCAUUGCUUUUUCGAGUCACAUCUCAUCAAACUCUUCUUCCAGGCUUGCCCGUCGAGAUCAUGACCAUGGUCACCCUCCCUUCUCCAAUGUUUACAUCAUGAAAGAUAAGCUGGACUAUUCAAAAGGUGGAUUGGUGGUCUAUUACCCAAAUGGUUCUGUUGCCUACAUAUUUAAUAAAUCUGUCCACGAUGUUCGCCACGGAAUUUCAACGGUGGAGUUGAAAGACCCACAUAAGCAGCCUUUGCUGACCCUCAACUCGCAAGACGAUACCUGCUUUAGCAAGACGCACUACGUGGAGUCCGAAGGUUCCCCAUCACACCACAGGUUCGAAAUUGAUCCUCGUGGCGUAAAGACUGAUCGCUGGAGUUUUCGCUAUAUCACACCGGAGGGGGAGGAAAUCACCUACCGCUAUGAGAGAAACUUUUUAAACAAAGGAGGACAUAUUUAUGAGUCUCGGAAAGGUGGGGAUGAACUUUAUGUAGGCGUGCUGGAAGAUCAACUCCGUUGGGAAAGCUGGUUUGAGCCUGGGCCCGAAGGGGCAAAAACCUUCACCCUGUCUUGUACCUCAACCGCACCCCAGAUUGAAUUUGCGACUUUGAUGGCCUUAGUUUUAACCCGAGUCGAUGCUUGCAAGCUUUGA